AUGUCAUCAUUGAAUCAAUAUAUAAGGCCAGUUAAGUCAAGACUACUGUAUAUAUCUUUCAUUAGAAAUAUAUCAAUUACUCAAUCAUCCAUUAACUCCACCAUCAAAGACAAUGAGAGUAUUUCCAAAACCACUACUAUUCCAGAAAAUAUUCAACAAGCUAAAGAAUUAGCAGGAUAUAGAGCUUUAGAAGUACCUGAAUUCAAAGUAUUAGGAUCAACAUCAAAUGGUGGUAAUAGUACUUCUUCUUCUUGUUCUUCUUCAAUUCUAUCGAUAAAUGUUCCACCUUCAGUACCAAUUUAUAUUAGACGAGGAUCAUUAUUAUCAAUUUAUGGAAUUCAAGAAAUUUCAUCAAUUGAUUCAGUUAGAAGUCAAUUACAAUUUCCAAAUUUUUGGCAAAGAUUAAUUUAUGGAGGUUAUAUAUCUGGUUAUCAAAAAUUGAUUUCUACUACUCCAUUUUCAUUAUUAAUUAGUUCCAAAUCAAGAACCAUUAUGAAUGGUGGUAAUAGUAGUACUGAAAAACUGUUUGUUAAUUUAAUAUUGGAUGGGACUACUGAUUGGGCAAUAUUGGAUAAAUCGGCAUUACAAGUAUAUACCGGGAAUUCACUUUCUAUAACUAUGCAUAAAUUACCUAAAUUUAUUUCUAAAAAAUUAUCUCGAUCAUUGAAAAAUAAUAAUAAUAGUAGUAAUAAGAAAUUGGAAACUGGAUUAUUUUCAUGGAAGAAAAUGGGAUAUACUUUAUUAAGUGGUAGAGGAAAAAUUGGACUUGUUGGUAAUGGUAAUAAUUCAGGUUGUUCAAUUUAUAAUAUUAAUUUAAAUCAAGAUGAAGAAAUUUUAAUUAAUAAAAAUAAUUUAUUAGCUAUAACAGUUAAUGGUCCUUAUGAUUUACAAAAUUGUAUUAUUAAAUAUCAAUUCCCCAUAAUCAACAACAGUAACAACAACAACAACAACAACAAUAGCAACAACAUGACCAAGAAUAUCAAAGAAUCUGGAAAUAUUGUUAAACCAAAAUUAAUUGAACCAACAACUUGGAAUUUAAUAAUAUUGAAGAUUAAAAAUAUUAAUAAUAGGAUUAAAAAAUUUUUCCAAUUUAUUAAUAAAUAUACUUUAAAUUUGAAAACUACUAGUUAUAAUUAUUUAUCUGGUAAUCAAGAAUUUAUUAAAAUUAUUGGACCCAGAAAUUUACUUUUACAAUCAAAUAUUAACCAUAAUGGGUUCAACUUUACCACCAGAAGGAAACAACAACAAAAAUCAAUUUGGCCAACAACCACCGACACCACCAACACCACCACUACAAAAGUAGAUAACACUUCUUCUACUCCUAAAGAUUAUUUGAAUUAUGUAACUAUUGAACCUGAUAAAGGAGCAAUAUUUAAAAGUACUUCAGAUUUUUCAGAAACUAUUGAAACAAUUGAAAAAAAAAAAAAAAACAAGGGCAAGGAUAUAAACACCACCCCCAUAUAA